AUUUAUAUUUUAUCUAUAUAUUUGCGAAACGAUUUUAAGUGUUUGACUUCUUUAUAAACUACUUCUUUAUUAGCACUAAGUUUGCAGUUUUGUCUCAUUUUGAUCAAAUCAAGUUGUAGUUUCGAAAGUAUCUAUAUAAUACCUAGUGAUCAUAUUAUUUGCGAAGGGACUUCAACAUGGCCAAAGAUGACCCUAAGGAAACAUCAUUCGAUCUUGAUAUUGUCAUGGAAAAAAUUGGAAAUGCAGGCCCAUAUCAAAAAUCAUUCUUUCUCAAGUUCAAUUUGAUUUUACCGGUUUUGGCAGCCAUGCCAUAUAUGAACCUAAUCAUCAGUUUAGCAACUCCGGAUCACUGGUGUCUUGUUCCAGGCCGUGAAUAUACCAACUAUACCAUAGAUGCAUGGAAAAACUUGACUAUUCCAAGGGAUAUAGAUUCUAAAGGUCUGCUAAGUUAUUCCAAAUGUAGACGGUUUGUUAGCAUGGGAGAUCCAGAAAAAACCGUCCAGUGCGACCAUGGUUGGAGUUACGAUUACACUUGGUAUGAUAGGACGGCAUCUACUCAAAAUGAUUGGGUGUGUGAGAAUGAAAUGGUACCAGCCAAUACGAUUGCUGUUGGUUUUAUCGGUGAAGUUGUUGGAACCUUUCUUACUGGUUAUGUGUCCGAUAACUACGGCAGGAUGCCAAUGUUUUUCAUAUCCCUCUCCAUGGUUAUGAUAGGUCGCAUUAUGUCCUCGUUAACAUCAGACUGGACGUAUUUGUUUAUGUUUUUUAGUUUUAUUGGCUCCUUGGCCAGUACGACGUUAAUUCAAGGACCACUGGUCAUUGCAAUGGAAAUUUCACGCCCAGAAGAUCGCGCACUUAUUGGUAUGAUAGUAUUCCUGGCUUGGAACGCCGGAUUGUCUAUUCUUCCGCUACUCAUGUGGUGGCUGCGUGAUUGGGUGCCGUUUUUGCUUGCAACAACAUUGCCAUGUGGCAUUUACUUAUUUUCACGACCUUGGAUAAUUGAAUCACCACGCUGGUUAGUCUCUAAGGGCAAAGUUGACCGUUGUAUCAAAGAAUUGCAGAGCGUUGCGAAUGCGAAUAAAACGGAAAUGCCAACGGAUGUCGAAAAAAUGUUGUUAAUUCACUGCGACAUGAACAGCAAUAGAAAGCAUGAAAACAGGAUUUUAGGAUUUUUUUCGAGCCCACGUUUAGUUAAAAAUGCCAUUUUACUCAUGUGUUCUUAUUGCAUUAUACUACAGAUUUACAUAUUUCUUGUUGUUAAUGUUACAAAUUUGGACGGCAAUCCAUUCUUAAAUUAUCUGUUUCAAGCGUUGGCCGAAUUUCCCGGGUUUGUGCUUGCAAAAGUAAUUAGCGAUCGUUAUGGAAGGCGUUAUGCAAGUUUUGUGGGCUUCAGCAUGACUUUUGUAUCAUGUACUUUAAUAACAUUUUUUAUUAAUGGCACUUCUAUGACAUUCGUAAUUAAUGCCUUGUGCGUAUUGAUGAAGUUCAGUCUAUCGCUAGCGUAUUUAUCAGUAAAUCUUCAAGCUUUGGAAAUAUAUCCCACUUGCAUUCGACAAACGGGUAUUUCAGUCGGGAUUAUCUUUGCUAGCAGCAUGGGCACUUUGGUGCCAUACAUUAUUAAUCUGGGAAUAUCUGUAAACGCGAUACUUCCUUAUAUGAUUUAUAUUUUCUGUGCAUUACUGGGCAUGAUCUGUUGCAUUUUCCUGCCGGAAACACUUGGUCACCAGUUACCGGAAACUCUCGCAGACGCGAGGAUUUUUGGUGCAGAACAAGAUUUAUGGGGAAGAUCCAGGAAACGUCAUUAUAUGCCCGAUAGAGCUGAUGCACUACUAAAGGAAACAAUUAAUAGUUCUUAAACUUAACUUGACUUAAUCGCAUUGUAUUAUAAAUUUAAACGAGUACUCUUAUAAAUAAGGUCGUCCUUAACUGUUGAUUGCUGGUGAGAAAACUUUAA